GUAAUUAUUUAACAUUCAGACUAAACCAAAAAAAUUAAAAUAUAUGCGUUUGUGACAUAAUCGAGGAGUCUAUGUUUCUUAAAAAUUUAAAAGUGAAUAAACAGCAAAAAUGACCAGUUCGUAUGACAGAGCAAUUACUGUUUUUUCUCCUGACGGCCAUUUGUUCCAAGUGGAGUACGCCCAGGAGGCCGUCAAGAAGGGGUCCACCGCCGUUGCUGUCAGAGGGACGAAUGUUGUAGUCUUGGGUGUCGAGAAGAAGGCGGUCGCCAAAUUACAGGAAGAUAGGACAGUUAGGAAAAUUGCACUUCUUGAUGAUCAUGUUGCUCUGGCUUUUGCAGGUUUAACUGCUGAUGCCAGAAUUUUAAUAUCAAGAGCCAGAGUGGAGUGCCAAAGUUACAAGCUGACAGUUGAGGACCCAGUAACAGUUGAAUACAUCACCAGAUACAUUGCACAGUUAAAACAGAAAUAUACACAGAGCAAUGGUAGGAGACCAUUUGGAUUAUCGACACUAAUUGUUGGUUUUGAUUAUGAUGGCACCCCACGUCUCUACCAGACUGAUCCCUCAGGAACACACUUUGAAUGGAAGGCGAAUGCCAUAGGCCGAAGUGCAAAAACAGUGCGAGAGUUUCUAGAGAAGAACUAUUCAGAAGAAGUUGCAGUAUCUGAUAGGGAGACCAUCAAACUAGCCGUGAAAGCCCUCCUGGAGGUUGUUCAAUCAGGUAGUAAGAACAUGGAGGUAGCUGUCAUGAGGAAAGAUCAGCCACUGGAGAUACAAAACACUGACGUCAUUGAUGAGUUGAUCAAAGAAAUCGAAAAAGAGAAAGAAGAGGAGAACGAGAAGAAGAAAAAGAAACCUCCAACUCAAUAAUAAUGAAAAAAAAUAAUAUCAAUAAUAAUAAUUCAUUACGUCAACUAUGGUAUUUUAAUUAAUUUAUAUCAUAAAGUUCAAUUAAAUUAAGGUUAAAUUCUUGUUAGUUUGUACUUUUAACGUGGUGACGACGAUGAAGGGGUUUCAUUCGUUCGUUCGUUGAUUUUCAACACUCAGCCAUGUUCGUUAUGUUUGUUCGUUUUUUUACUUGUUAAAUAUUCAAAA